UCGGCGGAACCCGCGGAGUCGGCCGCGAUGGGGGCAGCGGACGCGCGCCUGGGGCUCCCGGGCUGCUGCCGGCGGCUGUGGCUCUUCCUCGGCUUGCUGGGCCCGGGCCUCGGGGGGGCUUGGCCAGACUUUCAACAGAACUUACAUCUCUCUUCUUAUGAAAUUAUAACUCCUUGGAAAUUAAUUAGAGACCGAAGAGAAGCUCCUAAGCCAUAUUCAAAAAAAGUAUCUUAUGUCAUUCCCCUUGAAGGAAAAGAGUAUAUUGUCCACUUGGAAAGGAACAAUAACCUUUUGCCCAAAGAUUUUGUAGUUUACACCUACAACAAGGAAGGGGCUCUUAUCUCUGACUACCCUGAUGUACAGAAUCACUGUCAUUAUCGGGGCUAUGUGGAGGGAGCUUAUAAUUCAUCCGUUGCUCUUAACAACUGUUUUGGGCUCAGAGGAUUGCUGCAUAUGGAGGAUAUGAGUUAUGGAAUUGAACCCCUACAAAACAGCUCUCAUUUUGAGCAUAUCUUUUAUCCAAUGGAUGAUAUUCACAAAGAACCUCUAAAAUGUGGGGUUUUUAAUAAUGAUAUAGAAGAAAAAAUGGCAAAGGAAGAAGAACAACCAUCUGGCACCACUCAGUUACUUCGAAGAAGAAGAGCUGUCUUGCCACAGACUCGCUAUGUGGAGCUGUUCAUUGUCGUUGACAAAGAAAGGUAUGACAUGAUGGGAAAAAAUCAGACGGCAGUGAGAGAAGAAAUGAUUCGUUUAGCAAAUUAUUUGGAUAGUAUGUAUAUUAUGUUGAAUAUUCGAGUUGUCCUUGUUGGACUGGAGAUUUGGACAAAUGGAAACCUGAUCAGUAUAGUUGGGGGUGCUGGUGAUGUGUUGGCAAACUUUGUACAGUGGCGGGAGAAGUUUCUUAUAACCCGUCGAAGACAUGACAGUGCACAGCUAGUUCUGAAGAAAGGUUUUGGUGGGACUGCAGGAAUGGCAUUUGUGGGAACAGUGUGUUCAAGGAGUCACGCAGGCGGAAUUAAUGUGUUUGGACAAAUUACAGUGGAGACAUUUGCAUCCAUUGUUGCUCAUGAGUUGGGACAUAAUCUUGGUAUGAAUCAUGAUGAUGGCAGAGACUGUUUUUGUGGAGCAAAGAGCUGCAUCAUGAAUUCUGGAGCAUCAGGUUCCAGAAACUUUAGCAGUUGCAGUGCAGAGGACUUUGAGAAGUUAACUUUAAAUAAAGGAGGAAACUGCCUCCUUAAUAUUCCAAAGUCUGACGAAGCCUAUAGUGCACCUUCCUGUGGUAAUAAAUUAGUGGAUCCUGGAGAAGAAUGUGACUGUGGUUCUCCAAAGGAAUGUGAGUUGGACCCUUGUUGUGAAGGGAGUACUUGUAAACUUAAACAAUCUGCUGAAUGUGCAUAUGGUGACUGUUGCAAAGAUUGUUGGUUUCUUCCAGGAGGUACUUUAUGUCGAGGAAAAACUAAUGAAUGUGAUGUUCCAGAAUAUUGCAAUGGUUCUUCUCAGUUCUGUCAACCAGAUGUUUUUAUUCAGAAUGGAUAUCCUUGCCAGAACAACAAAGCCUAUUGCUACAAUGGCAUGUGCCAAUAUUAUGAUGCUCAGUGUCAAGUCAUCUUUGGCUCAAAAGCCAAGGCUGCCCCAAGAGAUUGUUUCAUCGAUGUGAAUUCUAAAGGUGAUAGGUUUGGCAAUUGUGGUUUCUCUGGCAAUGAAUACAAGAAGUGUGCCACUGGGAAUGCUUUGUGUGGAAAGCUUCAAUGUGAGAAUGUCGAAGAGAUGCCUGUAUUUGGAAUCGUACCUGCUAUUAUUAAGAGUCCUAGUAAAACCACCACAUGUUGGGGUGUAGAUUUUCAACUAGGUUCAGAUGUUCCAGAUCCUGGUAUGGUGAAUGAAGGCACAAGAUGUGAUGUUGGAAAGAUAUGUAGAAAUUUUCAAUGUGUAAAUGCUUCUGUUCUGAAUUAUGACUGUGAUAUUCAGAAAAAGUGUCAUGGACAUGGGGUAUGUAAUAGCAAUAAGAAUUGUCACUGUGAAAAUGGCUGGGCUCCCCCAAAUUGUGAGAGUAAAGGAUAUGGAGGAAGUGUGGACAGUGGACCAACAUAUAAUGAAAAGAAUACUGCCUUGAGGGAUGGACUUCUGGUUUUCUUCUUUCUAGUAGUUCCUCUUAUUGUACUUGCUGCUUUUAUCUUCAUAAAGAGAGAUCAACUACAGAAACGAUUCUUCAGAAAGAAGAGAUCACGAACAUAUGAAUCAGAUGACAAAAGUCAAGCACAAGUUUCUAGACAGCAAGCAAGUGUCCCUCAACAUGUUUCUCCAGUUAAUCCUCCUAGACAAGUUCCUAUAUAUGCAAACAGGUUUCCAGUACCAGCUUAUGCAGCCAAGCAGCCUCAGCAAUUCCCAUCAAGGCCACCUCCACCUCAACCGAAAGUACCAGCUCAGGGAAAUUUAAUACCUGCUCGUCCUGCACCUGCACCACCUUUAUAUAGUUCUCUUACUUGAAUUUUUUAAAAAAUAACUUUGCUUAUGUGAAUAUCUUCAGGAAACUGAGCUAAUACUUUAUCUCCCUGAUGUUUUCUUGAAAAGCCUUUCUUGCUGCAACAAUGAAUGAAAGCAAAAUACUGCGAAACAAACUUUACUAAUGAUACAGGAAAACUGAAUGGAAAUUGAGUAGGCUGCAUUGAGAAAUAUAAAAAAUGUAUUAGGAAAAUCAGGGAAUAUAUAAUAGUAUUUCAAUUCCUGUCAUUGAGUAAAUUCUCAGUUAUCUGUGAGUUAAUGUACUUAGCAUGGAUUAUAUUAUUUUGAACAUGUUAGUACUGUAAUAAUUCUCAAAAGGUUAUUGUUUUAAGUCCUGUCAUGUAUUUCAGUACCUUGUCAUUAUUAAUGUAAUUCUGAUUGAACAUACAGAAAUCUAAUACCUAUGGAUGUUUUUUAGUUAGCUGCCAGUAAUAUAUAAUCAUUUUCAUCUUUGAAUGGACUAAUUAUUGUCAAACCCUAGAGUCCUGUCUAUUUCAUUUAGUACAUGAAUAUUCUAUUCUUAGAAAAUACAUAAAAUAUACAACAAGAUACAGUAUUUUGAAAAAAAAAGUACUUUAAAAUGCAUUUUGUAUAUUCACACACAUCCUUCAUUUUUUAUGAUUCUAUGGGUAAAUGAUUGUAUGGAUUCUAUAGGCAAUAGAGUCUGCAUCUAUCUAUAGAUAGUAAUUAUUAGAAAAGUUAAUAGAAUUUUUAUUUGUAAUCAUGUAACAUGAUAUUAAAUAAUGUAAUAAUCCUUCAGGUACAAAGUAUUUAAUAAAGCUAAUCAAUAUUGAUCCAUGAAUAGAGCAAAGCAGGAACUAUUAUAAUGUCUUCAAUCCAUUAUGCUGUCAAAACCACUUGGGAAUUUUCUGAGCACUUUAAUGAAGUCUUAAUGAAUUUUCAAAAUUUGUUAUUAAUAUAAUUUAGAAUGUUUACAUUUGCCAAGGUCUACUAAAUAAUUUCUCUGUUCAUACUAAUAUUUUCAAAGAGAAGGGAAAAAUGAAGUCUU